AUGUUGCAGACAACCCCCGAGCACCACCAUCGCAACGACGAUGCGAGCAGCAACGGCGGCAAGUGGUCCCGCGAAGAACACGAGCGGUUCCUUGUCGGCAUCCAAAUGUAUCCCCAUGGGCCGUGGAAGAAGGUCGCGGCCAUCGUCCAGACCCGCACGACGCGCCAGACGCAAACACACGCGCAAAAAUUUCGGCAAAAGCUCGACCGCCAGGACCGCGCGCUGCGCACCAACCAAGCGUUUGAGAACCGCGACGUGUACCUUCCGUUCCCGUUCUCGCCUGAGGCGCCGGCGGCGUGUUCGCUGUCGCCGACACUCGACGAGCUCUGCUGGCGGGUACCGACGCCCCUCCCGCCGCUCGCCGAGGCCCUCGACACGCUCAUUGCACUCCUCGAUAUGGAUGUCCACGCAGUGUAGAUGAACCAGCGAUCCCUUCUCAACUCCUUGUACAAUUAAUUCAAUAGAUAGACUUCAUCCACUA